UAGAAACUUAACAGAAACCAAUCAGGGAACCAUUGAAUUUACGGUUCUUAAAGGAAAAGAGUAUAUGAGUGAUUCAUUUUUCAAAGAUAUUCCAGAGUUUCUCGAAACUCGCGUCAAUGAGUCACUAGAGGCUCGCUCCAAGUCUCUUUCGCAAUUCAAGGAGUUGGGGCCGGCUGAUCACGUUCAUACGACAAAGGUUGGCAGUCGAAAUCCGUCAAAAGAGGUUGGAACGUAUCAUUUUGUUUCGGGAAUCGAUGCCUCUUCGUCUGCUUCUUUGGCUGCUUAUCUGAAUACUCUCUCGUAUUCCUUAGACAAAAGUCAGCAAUGGUUUACUAAGUCUCAAACCUGGUCUAUAAGUCAUAGUGUAUAUUGCUGUUAUAAUGCAUUCUCUCGGUUGGACGUUCGUGUUGAGGCAAAAGUUCCUGGUGGUGUAGACACUUAUGCGAUCGAUGAAAAUGGACGAAAGCACAAAAUGGAUGUUCGCAUGUGGGUUGAAACCUACAUGUCAUCCAUACUUCGAUCUUUGCUUUAUUCCGAUGAGCUCUACUCUCGUUUCACUGGCCAUCGCAAGUUCAACCCUAUACCCAAUCCGGAUAGUGAGCUUCGUUUUUUUGAAGCUUUCGAAGAACUUUUUCCCUUGGGACAUAUGCUGGGCUCUUCGCCCGAAAUCCGCAUACCCACAAACGUCAACAAUCAUUUAGUUCGAGGUUUCUUUAUAUACGUUCGUCAAAAUUGCCGUUUUAGUGCCGCUCUAAAUUCUUUAGAAAAAUUGCAUAUCAAUUCUCCUGAAGUAUCCGUUCUUUUGGCUCAAUUAUACCUGUACAUGGAUCAUGAAGUGCAUGCUGUUCGUGUGUUGCACGAAGCCUUACAAAAACAAAGAAUGUCUGCUGAUUUACUCGUUGUUCAAGCAAGGUUCUUGGUUUCCAAAGAGCGUUAUGACCUUGCUUUGACAAGUGCUAAGCGUGCCGUUCAUGCCUCUCCAUCUGAAUUUUUACCGUGGAUAUGUUUGGCUGAAGUCUACCUUCAUUUGGAAGACUUUGAUUCUGCUUUGUUGGCCUUGAAUUCUUGCCCUAUGUACACUUAUUAUGAACGAGAUGUGUACCCUAUUCCUCCUCCUGCAAAGGCUCACCUUCCAUUGCCUGUUGGCUUCCCUAAAGAGGAGCUUGAAGGUGAAAAUGCAAAUGGACGAACUGGUUCAGUGGACAUGGUAGAUCCUUACCUUGCACGUCUCCCUUCUCCAAGCCUGCGUGGUACCUUUGCAAGAGUUUAUGAAGUAUUAACUCUUAUCUGCUCAAAGAUUGGCUGGGAUGAGCUCCUCCGAAUUCGUUCCUCUGUUUUCGUUAUGGAAGAAGAGUACCGAUCGUUAAACAAUAGUGGCAAACCUAACCCAGAUGAGAAAGAGGAUCCAACCACAGAGGAACCUUCAGUUAAGCAGAGAAAUGACAAUGAAUCUCACUUGGAUAAACCAGAGGCUAUAAUGACCAGCUCUACUCAGAACUUGAGCGUUCAUAACAAGCGCUUAUGUGAGCGAUGGUUGGAUAACCUUUUUAUGGUAUUGUAUGAAGACUUACGUGUAUUUACUAUCUGGCGUGCUGAAUAUACGCAUUUUAGGUCACAGGGAUUGGUUUACCGUAAGUCUCCAAUGGAAUGGGAAAUCUUGGGUGAAGUAGCUUUCCGACUACACCAUCGCGUUGAAGCUGUUGAAGCUUUUUGUGCCUGUCUUGAAAAUAUGUUCUCGUUCAAAGCAUGGAAAACCAUGUUAAUAAUUUGUGCUGAGGAUAAUAAUAUUGAAUUGGUACUGACUGCUAUUGCUAAACUGACUCUUUCUAAUUAUCGCUGGUACCAAGAGUACUCUCCGUUCUUGUUAGAACAUAUAAAAAAUAGAAUUAUGCAAGACGGUGCUUUGAAAAUGAAAAGCAUAUUGGCUUCCACAAGAUUGGAUCCAUAUAUCUUGAAUUUGAUUCACAAGCUUUAUUUCGAAUGGGCAAUUGUUUUUCAGAUCCCUGGACAUGAAUUAUAAUUUUCUUUGUAAUGUUUUCCUCACCUUCUUUUCAAUAUCUGGUUUUGCGCGUUUAGACAGCCUUCUCUGUCUUAUUGGGUUCUCAACGUUCCUUAAUAAAGAAGUUGGUUAAGUAACUAUACUGACCUUUACAUUCCUUACGAAAGGUAAAAUACAUAUAUAAUGAACAAAUAACAAAACUUUUACUGCCUUAAUAAACAAUCUUCAGAUACUUGGUAUAUUUUAAGAUGUAAACAAGGUUUGCUUAAAUCGAUUAACAGACUAUUAUGUUACACUCUCUGGUUACUACGCUCAUGAAUAGAAAUUCCAGUGAAUUAUAGGUAUUUAUUAUGGAUAUAUAAAAACC